UACUUACGGUCAGUAGAGUUUAAGGAGGAACUGAAGUCACCGUGUCAUUGAUAGAUGAUUAAAUAAGUUACAUUUAUUUAACGUGUUCUCUUCCGAUAAAAGAUGUGGUAUAGUCUGUGGGUUUUAAUUUUUGUUGUCUUUAUUUAUUUAACUAAGAAAAUAGUGCAAAGUGAGCCGAACAAAAUUCAAUUUCAUUUUAAGUUUUUUAUAUUUUACUUCGCCGGAAGUGUUUUGGCUGCUUUUAUUUGGCCAUACUUUCUUCUGGAUCCAAAAAAUGUUAAAAAUGCAAAAUUUGGAGCUGGCCUUCUUAAAAAUAUAACAAAGGUGUAUGGCCUGAAGUGGGAACUACGGAGAGAAGAUAUUUUAUCAGAAGAUCGAGGAGCCAUCAUUGUCUCGAACCAUCAAUCAUCCCUAGACAUAUUAGGCCUUUUUAACAUCUGGCAUAUAGUAGAUAAAUUAACGGCCAUCGCAAAAAAAGAAAUCUUCUACGUAUGGCCAUUUGGUUUGGCAGCUUACCUCGGAGGUGUUGUAUUUAUAGACAGGAAAAAUACAAAGGAGGCAUAUAAACAAUUAGAAGUUACAGCAGAAGCAAUGAACAAGAAGAUAAAAAUAUGGCUGUUCCCAGAAGGAACCCGGAACAAAGAUUACACGAAACUUUUACCCUUUAAAAAGGGUGCAUUUGCUAUGGCCAUCGCUUCACAAAAACCUGUCAUACCUGUUGUAUUUUCUCCAUACUACUUCAUAAAUAAAAAUAAAUAUAUAUUUAAUAAAGGUCACGUUGUUAUUCAAUGCCUUGAACCCAUAUCAACGAAAGGAAUGACGAUGGAUGAUGUGUCAACUUUAACGGAAAGGGUCCAUGAAAUAAUGGAAAAGACUUACAAGGAUCUCAGUAAUGAAGUUUUUAGUGCUCUACCUCAUGACUAUACACAUACAUUAGUGGGCUAAUGAUAUUAUAGCUAUUAUUAUUAUUA